GAUGGAGGAGGUGUACGAACUCCAGACUCGCCAGACCACUCUCAGCAGUACAACUACAUCCAGUCAGACCUCUACCACUACCCCAGGACCGACAAUCUUAUCACUACUAUCACCAGCAACACAACAAAUAGAGAUGGCCACAUUGAGACUCGGGUGAAUGUGUCCUACAUGGCCGGGACAAAUCCACACCCUACUCUCCCACCCACUCCCUCCUCUACGUCUACCACCUCUCUAGCAACCUCCCUCUUACCCUCUGCCAACCCACCAUACCAGAAACCUGUCGCCAAGCCAAGAAAAAACAGUGGGGCUGGAGUAGCCACUACUACUGGGAACACCACUUCUAGUGGCGAUGCAAGCAGCCUUGAUUACAGUAGAGGAGUGAGGAUGACAAGGAAUGUUUCCUAUGGUGUUCCCUGCAACACAACAGCAGGCAGAAACACAACUAUCCACAACUGUUCUUCUAGUAUCAGUGAACAUACUGCUGACAAUCAUUCUACUUGACUGAGUUCCGUGUUAACCUACUUACACUUAGAUUACAAAGAUUUGGCGGGUUUGGAUGUUUGCGCAUGC